AUGCCUCGCCCACGAGAAGCUGGCCGGUAUCCGAGCGCAGCCCCUUCCGAAACCUCUGGAUCGACGUCACCAGAACGUGCCGCCGACGAUGACACCGACUUCUUCAUGGCUCAGGCCAACGACUCACAAUCAUCCAUCGGCGUCGCUAAUUUCCGCGACUCCCACCCGCAAAAUGUGCGUUCUGUGCCAUUGCCACCAAUCGGCCGUCUCCCACCUGAGAUCCUGAUCUCGAUCUUCUCUAAACUGGCCUCACCCGUGGACAUGCGUAACAGUAUGCUAGUAUGUCGGGGAUGGGCCUCAAAUGCAGUCGGAAUACUUUGGCACCGACCAUCAUGCAACACAUGGACCAACCUGGGAAGAGUGACGACAUCACUUGGGGAACCGAACAGCCUCUUCAACUACGCAGACCUCAUUAAGAGACUCAACUUGUCUGCAUUGUCACAUCAAGUGAACGAUGGCACGGUUGUCCCUUUCAACCAGUGUAAGCGCAUCGAGCGUUUGACACUGACAGGCUGUAAACAACUUACGGACAAAGGAGUUUCAGACUUGGUGGAGGGCAACCGACACCUGCAGGCACUGGAUUGUUCGGACAUCAAAAAUCUCACAGAUCGCACCAUUUAUUUGAUUGCAAAGGACUGUCCUCGGUUGCAGGGCCUCAACGUCACGAACUGUACAGCUCUCACCGACGAUGCAUUGUUCGAGGUGUCAAAAAAUUGCCGCCAAAUCAAGAGAUUGAAACUUAAUGGAGUCUGGGGUGUCAGGGACCAAUCCAUUCUAUCCUUCGCAGAAAAGUGUCCUUCUAUUCUGGAAAUUGAUCUGCACACCUGCAACAUGGUCACCGCAAAAGCAGCAACCGCAUUGCUCACAUCACUUCGGCACCUUAGAGAACUGCGCCUCGCACACUGCACCCAGGUCGAUGACACUUCAUUCAUGUCAUUACCCCCGCAGAUGACCUUUGACAGUCUUCGUAUCUUAGACCUCACUGCAUGCGAAGGCGUGAGGGAUGAAUCAGUUGAAAAGAUCGUGCAGUCAGCUCCUCGCUUACGAAACCUCGUACUCGCCAAGUGUCGGUUUAUCACUGAUCGAUCUGUGAUGGCCAUUUGCAGACUAGGAAAAAAUCUUCACUAUGUUCAUUUGGGUCACUGCUCAAACAUUUCCGACGCUGCCGUGAUUGCCCUGGUCAAGUCUUGCAACCGCAUUCGAUACAUCGAUCUAGCCUGUUGCAACCGCUUGACCGACCACAGCGUGCAGCAAUUGGCUACCCUCCCCAAACUGCGACGAAUUGGGCUGGUCAAAUGCCAGGCUAUCACCGAUCAAAGCAUAUUGGCGUUGGCCAAGCCCAGAGUCGCUCAUCAUCACCACCCCAACGGGCACACCAGCAGCGCUAGUAGCCUGGAGAGAGUUCAUCUGAGCUAUUGCGUUCAGUUGAAGAUGGGAGGUAUCCACGCUUUGUUGAACCACUGCCCCCGCUUAACCCACCUGAGUUUGACUGGCGUUCAAGAGUUCUUGCACGAAAGCCUGACUGCGUUCUGCCGAGAAGCCCCUCCGGAGUUCACCCAGCAACAGCGAGAUGUCUUCUGCGUGUUCAGCGGCGACGGUGUCACCCGACUCCGUGAUUACCUGAACCAUAACAAAGCUUCUUACCCGGAAGAAACAGAAGCUACCAUGUACGACGACGACGAGGAACUGGAAGGGGAGGGAGAUGCAGACGAAGGUCAGAUGGCUGGGAUGAUGAACGCCGCUGUCAUCAACGAUGAUGAUGAGGAUGUUAUCGACGUUUCGACGUUGAACACAUGA